GCCUUCGGGGGAGCCCCCCCCGGCCCCGGGCCCGGCCCUUUGCCCGGCGGCGCCGCCCUGGGAGGGGGGGCGGGGCCGCCGCUGGGCCCGCCCCUGGGGGUGGGGCCGCCGGCGGCGGGAGGGGCGGGGCCGGAGGGGCGUCGCUCCGCCCCCCACGACUACCUGCCCAUCGCCGUCCUCACCACCCUCUGCUGCUUCUGGCCCACCGGCGUCGUCGCCAUCGUCAAGGCCGUGCAGGUGCGCACGGCGGUGGCGCGGGGGGACAUCGUGUCGGCCGAGAUCGCCUCGCGGGAGGCGCGGAACUUCUCCUUCAUCUCGCUGGCCGUGGGCAUCGCCGCCAUCGUGCUCUGCACCAUCCUCACCGUCGUCAUCAUCAUCGCCGCCCAGCACCACGACAACGACUGGGAGCCGUGACAGUCGGCAGCCCACCACCCCAUGGGGUCGCCAUGGCGACCGAACGCGCCCCCA